AUUCUUGCCUGGCCUCAACUGUUAAAACAUGUCUAGAUGUAAAGGAGGAGCCUGAAGAUUCAGCUGAAAAUGUGUGCAUCCAUUACCCACACUAUCAUAUUCACUGGGACCUAAGAACAGCAGAAACUUAUCAUCGAUCUCAAACUACAACAGACGGAAAAGAAGAGCGUGUGGUUUCUGCUCUAUGUAAUGAGACGGGCUGAGUUAAACCUAAAGUAAAUCAGCGCUCUUGUGGGUACUUAAAGUUUCUCGCUGAGGACUUUUGAGUUGCAGACAGAAGAAAUGGAUCUUGCAAAUGAAGAUGCAGUGCCCAGCACUAUGUUUGACUGGAACUAUCUUCUCUGGGAAGUUCGUUUAUUUUUAGUAGUAGUUGGCUUUUUCCUCUACUUAGAAGUGUUUCUUCUGUCUCACUUGCUGUCCUCAUGGAUCAGUGUCACUUACUGUACCUUGCCAUCAAAGGAGAAAGUCUUCUGGAACAUGACAGUCACACGUGGUGUUUUUGGACUUCAGAGUUGGGUUUCUGGCUUGUGGGCCUUACUCAUAGAUCCUGUUUUUCAAGCUGACAAAGUAUAUUCACAGCAGAAAUGGAGCUGGUUUACCUGUUUAAUAGCAUCUGGAUUCUUCUUACUUGAAAAUGUAGCCGUUCAUUUGUCUAACUUUAUUUUCAAGACAUUUGAUGCAUUUGUAGUAGUACAUCAUUUCCUUGCCUUUGGUGGCUUUCUUGGUCUUAUACUUAAUACCGAGUCUGGACACUACCUACCCUUGAUGGGCAUGCUACUUGAGAUAAGUACUCCGACCACCUGCAUCUCCUGGCUGCUUUUAAAGGCUGGCUAUUCUCAUACCAUUUUCUGGAAGGCAAACCAGUGGCUCAUGAUCCAUCUGUUUCACUGCCGUAUGAUGCUUACUUAUCACAUGUGGUGGGUGUGUAUUUCCAAUUGGAAUGAUGUGGUGGAAAAUCUUGGACUUCUGUAUUUUAUUGUCUUAUUCCUGGGAUUAGCUUCUGUGUCAAUAAUUCUUAACCCAUACUGGACGUACAAAAAGACUAUGCAGGUUGUCAGUCCGACUGACUGGAACUUUCCACACGCAAAAGUGAAAAAUGGACAAUCUGGAAAGCUGAAUGGUGAAACAAUCCAAAAGAAGAGGAUAUAAUACUGAAACAGCUGGCUGUUAGCAUAGAAGCAA